GAGACAGAGAGAGAGAGAGAGCGUGCACAGGACCGUGUUUAAAGUGUGAAGUGAGGAAAGAGGAGGAGGAGGAGAGAGAGACAGAGAGAGAGAGCGUGCACGAGACCGUGUUUAAAGUCUGAAGUGGGAGAAGAGGAGGAGGAGGAGAGAGAGAGACAGAGAGAGAGAGUGUGCACAGGACCGUGUUUAAAGUGUGAAGUGAGUGAAGAGGAGGAGGAGAGAGAGACAGACAGAGAGAGUGAGCGUGCACAGGACCGUGUUUAAAGUGCGAAGAGAGGGAAGAGGAUGAGAGAGGGAAGUGCCGCUGCCUGGCUGCCGAACAUGUGUCUGCCCGCUUUGCUUAUCGUCUGCCUCUCCCAGGCGGAGUUGGGGAGAGUUUGGGCACGGGAGCAAACGGAUGCGCUGUACGGCCUGUUGCCAUGGAGGGGAGAGCGCCCCCUGGAGGUGAGGAGGACCCGCAGGGACCAGCGGCAGCUCGGGGAAGGCCUGGCCAUUGAUACCCUGCCAGACAACAAGACGCACAUUGUGGAGGACUCUCGCUCAUAUUACUCAUGGAGGAGUUUUGGUCCAGCAGAGUGGGACGCUGAGCAGCUCUGGGUUGACAUGGAGGCUCUGCAGCACGGUCAAGUCCGAAUGCACGGCAUCCUGUCCAACACACACCGACAGGCUGCGCAAGUACCUCUGUCCUUUGACUUCCCCUUUUAUGGACAUUACCUGAGGCAGGUCACCAUAGCGACUGGAGGGUUCAUCUUCACGGGCGAGGUCACCCACCGCAUGCUGACGGCCACCCAGUACAUCGCCCCGCUCAUGGCGAACUUUGACCCCAGCUUCUCCCGGAGCUCAACCGUUCAGUACAUGGACAACGGGGAGGUGUUUGUGGUGCAGUGGGACCGGGUGCGGCUCCAGGGGCGGGAGGCGGAGGGAGAGUUCACCUUCCAGGCCGCCCUUCAUCGCAGCGGGACCAUCGUCUUCAGCUACAGAGACGUUCCAUUGCCUGUGGAGAUGAUCAGCUCCACUCAGCAUCCAGUGAAGGUGGGCCUGUCUGACGCAUUCAUGGUUCUGGGCCCAUCACCACAAAACCCAGACAUACAGCGGAAGACCAUCUACGAGUACCACCGGGCAGAGCUCGACGCCGCCAAAAUCGCCAACCGCUCCGCCUUCGAGUUCACCCCGCUGCCCACCUGUCUGCAGCACGGCAGCUGUGAAGCCUGCCACUCCUCCGCCGACACCGCCGGCUGCAGCUGGUGUCAUACCCUCCAGAGGUGCUCAGACGGGAUAGACAGACACAGACAGGAGUGGCUGGACUUUGGCUGCUCAGAGGAGGCCAAAGAGCUCGCCUGCGAGGACCUCGCCGCCGAAGAGCCGGACAGCGCCCCUCCACCCCCGUCCGGCUCGGACCCCACCCGCCCGCCCGGGGCGCUGCCGGGCGGUCCCGUCACGGAGGACGAUACCAAGCUCGUCGUCCUGCGCAAAGGCCCGGACUCAAAGACAGUUCCUCCGGUUCACCAGGGGGCGCCAGUGCACUCCGGCGUUAUCGCAGGCGUGGUGACGGCAGCCGUGCUGCUCCUAGCACUCCUAUUGGUGGCUCUCUACAUGAGCACGCACUCCUACCUCAUACAGCAACGUACCAGCUACUGGCCAUCCAUGAAGUACCGCAAGCAGGGGUCCAGGUACGCUGAGGUGGAGGGCGUGGCCCAGAGGAAAGGAGGCCUCAUAGAGGACGAGCAGUACUGAAGGUCACGGAGUGGGGGCGGGGCCCUGGAUUUGGGCGGGGCUAUAUGUGGGGAGCAGCCACUGUAUGGGGGUGUGGCCAUCACGGAGUGGGGGGCGCGGGGUCAUUGAGCAGGGAUUAGGCUAUGGAGCAGAGGCGGGGGCAUAGAAGCAGGGGCGGGGCCAUGGUGAGGGGCUGGGACCAUCGUGGAAGAGGGGUGGGGCCAUUCAGCUGUUUUUGGCUUCUUGCCGAAUGACAACAAGAAAUGACAGGACAAUGAAAGGGAAUGGUAUUAGGGGGUCAAUACAGAGCCCAGAAUCCAGAAACCAGUUAUGACAGCAGGAGGUCCUCUUGUCCCUCUCAGUAGUACUCCAAAAUCCUUAAAGGAGGUUGAAGAAGGCUGAUUCAGUGGAUAAGAUCUGAAGGUAUACUGUAUGCGACUGUAGGAAUGUAGUCCGUACAUAGACAAUGCAUUACCUGUUUGAAAUGCUGAAAUUGUUUUCAGUAGGUAAUGUUCAGUUAAUCUUUAUAAUGCUGUCAGUCAGGGCCAACCCUAGUCCCUGAGGGGCCCUAAACUGGAUUAUUCGGGGGCCCCCAACCCCUCUAAAAUCAACCUACGCGUGGCUCCCCUAUGCAUUUUUAUCAGCGCGACGCACACACAAAUUACAAACAAGCGAAACGGAAGAGGGACCUUUUCACAGCCACAAUACCUUUAAAUACAUGUUCUAUCUGCCCAGACAGAAGCUCUUUUCUUAAACGUAUUUGAGCCAGUAUCUUCACCUAAUCACUGCUAAUGCUUGCAGUCGCAGCUGACCUAUAAUGUCAGCCGCUAAACGCCUGAUCCACGUCCAUAGCGUUAGCUGUUGACUCUCCUGCCCUCCCACGCAAAUCUUUAGAACUAGUUGUCAGUUAAAAAUAUAUAUAUAUAUAUAUAUUUUAAUCACACGAUGUAAUGUGAUUGUUUUGACAUAAUGAUGCAUCAUAAGUAAUGUAUAUAUUUUGCAGCGAUUAGGGCCCCCCCUAGUGGUUCUGGGGCCCUAAGCAGCUGCUUAUGUCUCUGAUUGGGUUGGGCCGGCCCUGCUGUCAGUUUUCACUUUAUUCUUUACUACACAAAGUUCAUCGCUUUAGAAGUGCCUUGUUGAUCAAUGCCAUGUCAUGUAAUGUUUACAUUGUACCACGAUCCCAACAACCAAUGGGUAAUGAGUAAUUUUAGUAAGUUCGAUACCGUGGCCAAACGGUGAAUAAAUUUCCCUUGCGUUUACGGGGAAAUUUAUUACAUUUACGAGGAAGUUUAAGAUACGCUUUACGCACAACAUUGUGAAACUGGCCUUUUGGACAGCCGGACUCCACCGCCGCUCGCUGAGAUAAAUUUCUCACAGCUUUCCACCGACAUUCAUAACGAAGAAAAGAUUACGGAGGAAAUUGGAAUCGCGUGGGAGAUUAAAAACAGGAUUCCUGCGUGUCACUCAGAGACCAUCGACAAGCGAAACAAUAUGUUGUAGCAGGGCGGCAUUAAAUGAUUGUGUUUGGAAUAAAAAAAUUAUAACUGAAAUCA